AUGAGGAAACUCUGUCCAAAUAUUGAUAGAGAAGAUGGCCUGGAGACUGUUCUUGAGAUCCCAAUACCCGAAGAAAUGUACACUAGCAUGGGUAGCAAUGCCGAAUUACGCUGGCAAAAUAUGCUUACAUGGAUGAGGGCUCAAACUUCCGAAAAAUUGUCACAACCGCUCAUUGCAGCGCGAAUUAAUGAGCUAAGAUUCCUUCUUUACAUGGUUGGAUCUCCUCUUAUUCCUCUUCAAGUGCAAGUAGGCCAUUCGGUUCACAAACCUGUCAAAGAUUGUUCAAUUCAAGCUUCAACAGCCAAAUAUAUUGUGCAACAAUACAUUGCAGCUACAGGAGGACAAGCAGCAUUAAACGCAGUGCACAGCAUGUGCGUAACUGGUGAGGUGAAAAUUGAGGCAUCAGAAUUUCAUGAAGGGGAGCAGACCAUAAACGUGAAAGGCAGCGAGGAAACAGGUGGAUUUGUGCUUUGGCAGAAAGAUCCGGACUUGUGGAUGUUAGAGCUUCUUGUGUCAGGAUGUAAGAUGAUAUGUGGAAGCAAUGGCAAGAUCUCAUGGAGGCAUUCUUCUAAUCAACGAAAGCCGAUUUCAAAGGGUCCUCCUAGACCCUUGCGCCGAUUCUUGCAGGGAUUGGAUCCCAGGUCCACAGCAAACUUAUUUAUAGAUGCAACCUGCAUUGGAGAGAAACUAAUAAAAGAUGAGGACUGCUUUAUACUCAAGCUAGAGACAAGUCCAGCAAUUCGAGAGGCACAAAGUGGUCCUAACUACGAGAUAAUUCACCAUACAAUGUGGGGAUACUUUAGCCAGAGGUCAGGCCUCUUGAUUCAAUUUGAGGACUCAAGGCUGAUAGGAUUAAGAACGAAAGACGGCGAGGAUAUAUUCUGGGAGACGAGCGCAGAAUCGAUAAUGGAUGACUAUAGGUACGUCGACGGUGUCAACAUAGCACAUAGUGGUCAGACUCGUGUCACGGUCUUCAGAUACGGAGAGCAAUCUGCAAACCACAAGAGAGAAAUGGAAGAACACUGGAAAAUUGAUGAGGUAGAUUUUAACAUAUGGGGUUUGACAACAGAGCAGUUUCUACCUCCUUCAGACCUUGAAUUAUGA